UUAUCGCAAUGGGAAAUGAGUGACAGGCUUGAAAACUAUGAUCUUAAGGAGUGCAGUUCCAGAGAUUAUUUGGAAGUCAGAAGCAUGUUGGAAAAUCAGAAAGAAUAUUUCAGGCAAGGAAUGAUUAUAUAUGAAAAAAUGUCCAUUUUGAACCAGCAUACUUACUUAUCUCAAUAUCCCAGAUAUUAUUCUACUGAGAAACCCUAUAAAUGUAAGGAAUGUGGGAAGGCCUUUAGACGAGCCUCACACCUAACUCAACAUCAGAGUAUUCAUACUGCAGAAAAACCCUAUGAAUGUAAGCAAUGCGGGGAGGCCUUUAGUCGUGAUUCACAGCUCAGUCUUCAUCAGAGACUUCAUACUGGUGAGAAACCCUAUGCAUGCAAGAAAUGUGGGAAGACAUCUACUCAGAGCUCACAACUUAUUUUACAUCAUGGAAUUCAUACUGGUGAAAAACCGUAUAAAUGUAAAAAAUGUGGUAAAGCUUUUAUUCGUUGUUCACAACUCACCCGGCAUCAAAAAGUCCAUACUGAUAAAAAACCUUAUGAAUGUAAAGAAUGUGGAAAGGCCCUUACUCAGAACUUACAACUUACUCUACACCAGAGACUUCAUACUGGUGAGAAACUCUGUGACUGUAAAGAACGUAGAAAGGUCUUUACUCAGCUCUCACAGCUUAUUCUACAUAAGAGAAUUCAUACUGGUGAAAAACCCUAUGAAUGUAAGGAAUGUGGGAAAGCUUUUAUUUGUGGCUCACAACUUUCUCAACAUCAGAAAAUUCAUAAUGGGGAAAAGCCAUAUGAAUGUAAAGAAUGUGGAAAUAUUCAUGGCUUAUUACUUAUGCAACAUCAGAGGAUUCAUACUGCUGAAAAACCAUAUAAAUGUGAAGAAUGUGGGAAGGCCUUUAUCCGUGGCUCACAACUUACUCAAUACCAGAGAAUUCAUACCAAUGAGAAACUCUAACAAUGUAAAGAAUGCGGAAAAGCCUUUAAUCGUGGCUCACUCCUUACUCAGCAUCACAAUACUGGUGAGAAACCCUAUGAAUGUAAAGAAUAUAGAAAGACCUUUAGUCAUGGCUCAGAACUUAAUCAACAUGAAAGAAUUCAUACUGAUGAGAAACCCUAUGAAAGUAAAGAGUGUAGAAUGGCCUUUACUCAGGGGUCAUAUCUUUCUCAACAUCAGAGACGUCAUACUGGUGAGAAACCCUAUGUAUGUAAUGAAUGUGGGAAGGCCUUUUCUCGUGGCUUACUACUUAUACAGCAUGAGAGGCUCCAUACAGGUGAGAAACCUUAUCAGUGUAAGGAAUGUGGGAAACCCUUUAUUCGUGGUUCACAACUUACUCAACAUCAGCGAAUUCACACUGGAGAAAAACCCUAUGAAUGCAAGGAAUGUGGAAAAGCAUUUAGUCAUGGUUUUCAACUUACUCUACAUCACAGAAUCCAUACUGGUGAGAAGCCCUAUGAAUGCAAAGAAUGUAGAAAAGCCUUUACAAAGAUCUCACAUCUUUCUCGACAUCAGAGAAUUCAUACUGGUGAGAAACCAUAUCAGUGUAAGGAAUGUGGGAAAGCCUUUCCUCGUGGUUUACAACUAACUCAACAUCAGAAAAUUCGUAUACAUGAGAAAUCUUUAGAAUAUAAGGAAUGCAGGAUAAACUUUAUUCAUGGCUCACAAAUUUUUAUAUGA